AUGACCAAAAUUUGGAAUUUCAUCUUACCAAUUGUGGUUUUUGUGGUUUUUGCUCAAGGCCAAGAGCAAAACCAAGUGGGAGCUGCUGCCAAUGGCCCACACAUCGUCAACUCGCCAAACGCACUAUUCCAGGCGCGAGCCACUGGAUCUGUACAACUGGAUCCUUGCCAAUACAUGCUGCAGUUAUUGAAUCAAACUAAUAAGGAUUUGAUGCAACAUGAGGAGAACACACUGGAACAAUGUUUGUAUUACUUUUUGGCUGGGGAGAGUGCAAAGAAAUUGGCAAAACUAAACAUCCCACAUCCAAUCGCUUCCAUCCCACCAAACUACAUUAGUCAGCAACCAAACGAGCACUUAAAAGACAUCUCCAUUCACGGCUAUUUGGAGCUCAACUGGCGCGAUGACCGCCUCGUGUGGAGCCAAGAUACUUGGAAGAAAAACAAAUUGGUCGUUCACAGUUUCCAUCACGUCUGGGUGCCUCUUCUCGGUUCGCAGAACCCGGAGAAUCAUUUGAAGAACGGAGAUGCGUUUGAAAUCCGCAAAGUGGAAACCACAUUCCAGGGAAAUGUGACGGCUAAAGUUGCCUUCUCGCUGAGAACAUUCUGUGAUGACACCGACUUUGAAAACUACCCAAAUGAUGUCUACAAGUGUUGCUUCUCAUUUGAACCACAGCAGGAUAGAGAAGUCAUCCAAUUCACUUCAUCUGGCCUCCCAAUCUUCACCGACCCAAAAAAUUUCCGUGAUUACGGAUGGGGAGUGUCUGGAACCGUCCCAGAGUCAUUCGAUGAUCCAUCUGAAAUUGCUCAGCUUGGAUUCUGUCUUAACUUGAAGAGAGCACAUAGCUCAUUGAAGGUUGAGCUAGCCAUCCCACUUUUCAUUACCACUGUUCUUUUCCUUCUUCCACCACUUUUCGGAAGUGUUAAGAUUCAGAUUUAUUUGAAAAUGUUUGUUAUGGGACUCCAGUUCAUGACCCUUCUUAUCUUCUCCACCAGAAUCGCUCCAUUCCUGUCGAGCACUGCAAGCACACCAAAACCAAUGCGAUUCCUCGAGAUUGCUCUUGUCUUCAAUCUGAUCUCCAUCACCACUUCAAUUAUUUUGUUCUGUUGUAUGCAAGUGAAGCGUACACUCCCACCAUGGGGAAGAGUGACCCAAUUUGCUAACUUUAUCAACGGAUUCCUUGGAGUUCUCAACAUCUCCGGUGUCGAGGAGUACAACCUUGAAAAAUAUGACGAGCAGGUCACCCAAACUUCCUACCAAAAAGAUUGGAAUAAUGUGUUCCGUGCAGCUCACGCAGUGCUUAUGGCAACUAUCUCCGCCAUUGUGAUCUUUGUAUAUAUCGUGUAUUGUCUCUAA